AACCUGCUUGCGAUUUUAUGUUUUCCCCUUUUCCUUUUCAAAAAACUCUAUAACGGCGGAGAAAACCCGAUAGCCCGACACACGGCCGUUAGCAUCCUUUUAGCACCUAUCCUGAGACAACUCGCUACAUCUUUAACCCCACUAACGCUUGCUGUAACGUCAUCAUGGCUACCGAAGGCCGUGGCGUCCGCAUCGCAAUUGACCGUGGUGGUACGUUUACCGACUGCGUCGGCGAGCACAAUGGCAAAGAGAUCAUCAUCAAGCUUCUCUCUGAAGAUCCUGAGAACUACAAAGAUGCCCCCCUCGAAGGCAUCCGCCGCAUCAUGAGCCACUUCAUGGGCCAAGAUAUUCCCCGCGGCCAGCCGCUGGAUACCACCAUGAUCGAUUCCAUCCGAAUGGGCACUACUGUUGCUACAAAUGCUCUACUUGAAAGAAAGGGCGAAAGAAUAGCCAUGAUUGUCACAAAGGGCUUCAAGGAUUGCUUAACCAUUGGCAACCAGUCCCGUCCUAAGAUCUUCGACCUCGCCAUUCGUAAGCCUGAUGUGCUCUACGAGUCCGUUGUUGAGAUUGAGGAACGAGUGACAUUAGAAGACUAUGCCGAAGACCCCGAACGAACAGUUACAGAACCUCAGGCUGCUGCUGGUACCGAACAAUCUGCCGGCAAGGAUCUUGUUCGCGGUCUCUCGGGUGAGACAGUUCGUAUCCUGCAACGUCCUGACGAGAGCGCCAUCCGCGAACAGCUCACAGCUGUCUACGCACAAGGCAUUCGUAGCAUUGCCGUGUGCCUAAUGCAUGGUUACACAUUCCCUGAACACGAAGCUUUUGUUGGUAAAAUUGCAGAGGAGAUUGGAUUUACACACAUUUCCCUCAGCCACCAGCUCAUGCCCAUGAUCAAGCUCGUACCUAGAGCCACUUCUGUCUGCGCAGAUGCCUACCUUACACCUACCAUUAAGAAGUACAUCAAUGGCUUCCAAUCAGGCUUCGAGGGAGGGCUCGGUACGCAGAGCGUACAACAGGGCAACGGAGCCAAGGGCGCCCGUUGCGAAUUCAUGCAAAGCGAUGGCGGCCUAGUUGACGUGGAAAAGUUCACCGGCUUAAAAGCUAUUCUAUCCGGACCAGCUGGAGGUGUCGUUGGUUACGCCAUGACAUCAUACGACGAGAACACCAAAAUCCCCGUAAUUGGCUUCGACAUGGGUGGUACAAGUACCGAUGUAUCGAGAUACGGAGAAGGCCGAUACGAACAUGUCUUUGAGACGACGACAGCUGGUGUCACGAUUCAAUCACCCCAGCUUGAUAUCAACACAGUUGCUGCAGGCGGCGGUUCGAGACUAUUCUUCCGAAAUGGCUUGUUCGUCGUCGGCCCAGAGUCUGCUGGUGCUCAUCCAGGACCAGCUUGUUAUCGAAAGGGCGGUCCUGCGACUGUCACCGACGCUAACCUCUAUCUGGGACGUCUGUUACCUGAAUUCUUUCCCAAAAUCUUUGGUAAAGACGAAAAUGAGCCCUUAGACAGAGAGGCAAGUCGUAAAGUUCUCCAAGAGCUCGCGGACCAAGUCAAUGCCGAGACUGGAAAGAACCUUUCUGUUGAUGAGGUCGCCUUUGGAUUCCUUACUGUUGCGAACGAAGCUAUGACUCGACCAAUCCGUUCUAUUACGGAGGCCAAGGGUCACGACUCGUCCAAGCAUCGUCUUGCCACCUUUGGUGGCGCAGGAGGACAGCAUGCUAUUGCUAUUGCCGAAUCACUAGGCAUUAGCCAAAUCUUAGUCCACAGAUACUCAUCGGUACUCUCUGCAUAUGGCAUGGCCUUGGCUGAUGUAGUGGAUGAGCGACAAGAGCCCGAGUCUGCCGUUUGGGCAUCCACGGGCACUUCCGUCGAUGAUCUGAAGGCUAAAAUGGAAAAGCUCAAGGACACAUCGAGAGCAGCUCUGGCAGAGCAAGGAUUUGAAAAGAACGAAGUGGUUUUUGAAGAAUACCUCAAUAUGCGCUACCGCGGCACAGAAUCAGCGCUCAUGAUUGUCAAGCCUAGCGAGGCUGAAGCCAAGGAAUUAUACGGUGGCAACGACUGGGAUUUCGGUCAGGCAUUUGUAAGACAACACCGUUAUGAAUUCGGUUUCACUUUGGAUGAGCGUGACAUCAUCAUCGAUGAUGUCCGAGUCAGAGGUAUUGGCAAGAGCCUCAGACAUAGCGAAAGUUCGGUGGAUGAGCAACUUAAGACUAUAAAGCGACAGGCGGCCACUCCUGAUAAGCAGCACACUGUUCAAGAAGUCUAUUUUGAGGGUGGAAGGCUCAAGACGCCUAUUUAUAAGCUUAGUGACUUGUCACAAGGCGACGUCGUUGCAGGACCUGCUAUGCUUGCUGACGGCACCCAAACAAUCGUCGUCAGUCCCAAGGCAACUGCCCUGGUCACCAGCACACACGUUAUUAUUGACGUUGAAAAAGAAGCCACAAAAGACAACACUACCCAUGGCGGCGAGCGGGAGGCGGAUCCCAUCAUGUUGAGUAUCUUCGGUCACAGAUUCAUGGCAAUUGCCGAGCAAAUGGGCCGUGCUUUGCAAAAGACCAGUGUCAGCACCAACGUUAAGGAAAGAUUGGACUUCUCUUGCGCCAUCUUCGAUGCAGACGGUGGCCUUGUAGCCAACGCUCCUCACCUUCCGGUUCAUCUUGGCUCCAUGUCGACCUGUGUUCGUCGACAAGCCGAAAUUUGGAAGGGCAAGCUCCAAAAGGGCGAUGUUGUGGCAUCUAACCAUCCUUCAUAUGGUGGUACCCAUUUACCUGAUGUUACUCUCAUUAUGCCGGCUUUUGAUGCCAAGGGCGAACGCAUCCUCUUCUACGCCGCGUCACGCGCUCACCACGCUGAUAUCGGCGGGAUCACCGCAGGAAGUAUGCCUCCUAACUCUAAGGAGCUCUACCAGGAAGGUGCUGCUUUCCGCAGCGAGAAGAUUGUCAGCCAGGGCAAAUUUGACGAGAAGCGUAUAACUGAACUACUCUACGACCAACCUGCGCAAUAUCCAGGCUGCAGCGGAACUCGAUGCUUGUCAGACAAUAUUAGCGACAUGAAGGCGCAAGUUUCAGCCAAUAAGAAGGGUAUCUCUCUCAUUGAAUCUCUUAUUGAAGAGUACGGUGAAGAGACUGUCCAGUUCUACAUGGUCAAUAUUCAGAAGAACGCCGAAAUGUGUGUCAGGCGACUCCUCAAAGACGUUUACAAGCGUUUUGAAGGUAGAGAUUUAUCCGCCGUGGAUUUCAUGGAUGAUGGAUCCCCGAUCAAGCUCGUGGUUAAGAUUGAUCCAGAACUUGGCGAAGCCGAGUUUGACUUCAGCGGUACUGGUCCUGAGGUAUAUGGCAACAUCAACGCACCCACUGCUAUCACUUACAGUGCCAUCAUUUACUGUCUUCGCUGCCUUGUGUCACAAGAUAUUCCUCUAAAUCAGGGAUGUCUGCGACCUAUUCAUGUCAAGAUUCCUGAAAAGUCCAUUCUUUCUCCCUCUCCUGGCGCGGCUGUUGUAGGCGGCAAUGUUCUCACAAGUCAGCGCAUUACGGAUGUGGUCCUCAAAGCCUUUGAAGCUUGUGCAGCCAGUCAGGGAUGCUGCAACAACCUCACAUUUGGCUUUGGUGGUAAUGUUACCGGAGAAAAGGCCGUUAAGGGCUUUGGUUACUAUGAGACGAUUGCUGGUGGUAGUGGUGCUGGUCCAACCUGGGCUGGCACUAGUGGUGUCCACGUCCAUAUGACCAAUACGCGCAUCACAGAUUCCGAAGUUUUCGAAAGACGAUACCCGAUUCUCCUACAUGAGUUUUCUAUCCGGGCUGGCUCAGGUGGCAAAGGUCAGCACAACGGUGGCGAUGGUGUUGUUCGAGAUAUCGAAUUUCGUAUACCUCUUCAAGUAUCCAUCCUCAGUGAGCGUCGUGUAUACAGACCUUAUGGGUUGAACGGAGGUGAAGAUGCGCAGUGCGGCUUGAACAUUUGGGUUCACAAGGUGGAAAAGGCCGACUGGGAACGAUCGAUGAAAAGCCUGGACGCUGAUGCUUCGGCCAAUAAGCAGAAUGACGCCGACGUCGAGUACGAGGUGCGUCAUAUCAAUUUGGGAGCCAAGAAUUCGGCAGCCAUGGCCGCAGGUGACCGUAUUAUCAUCAAUACUCCAGGCGGAGGUGGUUGGGGGAGGGUUGGAGAUCCUAGUGAUGCUCAAGGCGCUGUCGACCACACUGACAACUGGAAGAAGGGCAGUGGUGCGGCCCGCGAGGAGCUGGCACUUCAAGCAUAGACGGAUUUGACUUACUGCGCUAUAUUUUUGUUUUUGAUGAUUUGCAGUAGAACUUAGAGGCGUUGAAUAUACACCACC